GGGAGCGCAGGCAAACCGGAAGUGUAAUGUCAUUUAGGCCGAGUCAAAACACAGACCAGAUUUCUGCACACCGGAGCAGAGGGAUCUAUCAAAUAUCAGAUGUUUUAGACAGGCCAGGGCCGCGAUGCCGCACAGAACGAUCUUAGAGGUGAAGGUGGUGGACGUGGAGAAGAGGAGGGUCCCCACCAAGCAUUACGUGUAUGUAAUCCACGUGUCCUGGGCCGACGGUUCCAACUCUGUUAUCUAUAGAAGAUACAGCAAGUUCUUCGACUUUCAGGUAACUCUUCUAGAAAAGUUUCCAGACGAGGGGGGAAAGAACGACCCACGACAGAGGAUCAUCCCAUUCUUACCAGGAAAGAAGCUGAUUGGUCGCAGCCAUAUAAGGGAAGUUGCAGUGAAGAGACUGAAGCCUAUCGAUGAAUACUGCAGGGCUUUGAUAAGACUCCCUACCAACAUCUCAGAGUGUGGGGAGGUCCUCAACUUCUUUGAGACGACCAGAGAAGACAUCGACCCUCCCAAGGAGGAUAACAUGAAAGAGAAGAAGAACAAGAAGAUGGCAGAAUCCAUCAGCGAGCCUCUCCUACUGGACCAGUACAUCGUCAUUGCUGACUACGAGAAAUCCCAGCCGACAGAGAUGAGCGUGACGGCCGGUACAACAGUGGAUGUCAUCGAGAAAAACGAAAAUGGCUGGUGGUUUGUGACAGUGGAGGAUGAGCAGGGGUUACCCGCCACCUUCCUGGACCGUGCUGACGGACUCACAGAAGAGAUCACUCGGAGGUCAAGGCCAGGAGAAGGAGAACAGUAUGUCACCACCAAUGCCUACAAUGCUCGGGGUGGUGAUGAGGUGGGGUUUGACAGGGGUGUCAAUGUGGAGGUACUGGAGAAAAACCUGGAGGGGUGGUGGUACAUCAGAUACCAGGAUGUGGAAGGCUGGGCCCCCAGUACAUAUUUAGAAAAGCCCCGAGACAAAAGUGCUGUCAGCAUGGUUCCCACUGAGAUCAUUGGAAGUGCCCUGGAAGUGAGCAACCUGCCUAACCUGGCCAACCACAGGAGAGCUAGCAACGAUGCCAGGUCUGGAAGUUCCGGCUCCACAACCCCUGAGAAAGGCAGUCCCCGAUUGGAUAACAGGAAGAGUGCUGCAGAGCUUUCAACCAAUGAGAGGAAUGGAAACCAUGAGACAGCCAAUCAGGAGAUAGAAAGAACAGUCAGGUCCAGGCCUACUGCUCUUCCACUCAAGCCAUCUGAGAACAAAAAGAAAGACAAACAAAGGGGAAAAUCUCCAAAAAGAAAGAGGUUUUCCUCUCUCAGAGAGUCUUUCAGAAGGCUUAAAGGACCUGGUGUAGUAAAGCGGAAGGAACCACCUCCGAGGAGGGAUUCAAUUGCACAACCCCAGGUCACAGAGCAGAAGCGUCCCCCCGUAAGGCCCCCGCCGCCGCAGCUGGAGAAGGAAGUGGAGUACGUGACGCUGGCAGAUUUCCAGGCCACGAUGCAGGACGGCAUCAGCUUCCAGGAAGGCGAAAAACUCAAGGUGAUUGAGAAGUCCCCCAGUGGGUGGUGGUUCGUGACUACGGGGGAGGCGGGCACUGAAGGAUGGGCACCCGCAUCAUACAUCGAGAGACGGGAACGACCAAAGAAACCACCUCCACCAAUCAGCAAUGCAACAGCAGUUCCAAAACCCACCUUCAGUCCUCCAGUGUCACCAGUAGCAAAGAUAGUUCCUGCUUUUGAAAAACCACAGUUGAAACGGACACCGAGCGAUAAGAGCACGGUUGUGAAACCCAAGUUCAGCCCUCCUGCUCCCCCUGUCACCCAACAGUCAGGGAGAGAGAAGGACCCCAGUCCCGUUAACGGGAGGAAAGCUUCACCUGUACUCCACAUCAAAGAAACUCACCAGACAUCUCAGGAGGAUCGACUGUCUCCGAGUGAAGAUGACCCGAUCUUACCUGCCAUUGGGCAGACUGAUAUGCUUAGUGAGAUUCAGCAAGUUCUGGCCUCCAAACAGAAAAAUAUAAAGAAAAGUUCCCCUGUUCGAAAGAGCUCCCCUGUAAGAAAAAGUUCUCCUGCUAGAAAAAUUUCUCCUGCUAGAAAAAGCUCCCCUGUCAGAAAAAGUUCCCCUGCUAGAAAAACCUCCCCUGUCAGGAAAAGUUCCCCUGGGCCAACCAGGCCAACUCAUCAUCCACCGAAGGCUCCUCAAACAAAAGGAUGGAUAGAAGGUGACAGCAAAGACCUGCCGUCAUCUUCCGAACAACACACAGAACAGGGAGAAGACAUGCUCAGUGAAAUUCAUAAAGUCCUCGCUGCAAAAGCAAAGCACGUUCAGUCAGAAACAAAACACAAAAUACACAGAACUGAGGUUUCAAAACAGAACGAUGAAGAAGAAAACAACAAUAGGCAACAGAAAACAAAAUUUGUAGGGAUCUCAGCAAAGCAAGCUAGGAUAUCUGCCAAGGAAGGGGAGACAAAUGCAAAGCGUCCCACAAAUGGGAUUCCCACAAAGUAUGAAGGGGAAAUAAUCCAGGACGAAGAGGGAAUCUAUGUCACAUGUGAAAGAUAUGAAAGGCAGGACACCAAAGAGAUCAGCUUCUCAAAGGGACAGAAGGCAGAAGUGUUGGAGAAGAACACAUCAGGAUGGUGGUUUGUGAGAAUAGGGUCCAAAGAAGGGUGGGCGCCCUCAACAUACCUUGGACAUGAUGACAAGGUAGAGGAAGAAGAGGUCAAAUAUGAAGAUGUGGUGAAAGCUGUACCUGCCAAGUUCAGAAAUGGGAAUGACGUCACAAAACACUUGCCGUCAGAAAACAAGAAACCAACUACAGUAUCAUUCCAGAAGAAGGCCACGCCCCCAAACAAAACAGCCACCAAAGACUUAGAAAUCAAAAAGCAGACAAGGGUUACAGAAGUCAAGGCAAGGUAUUCUUUGCCUGUUAAGAAAACCCAAAGUGAAUCCAAUGUUUCCCAAUCUCUUCCACCCAAAGAAAGCAUUCCACAGGCCACGAGUACAGAGAGUGUGUUACCAGUUAGAGAAGGGGUCACCAAGUUUAAGGCAACGUCUGCAAGAACAAGUAGUCCUAAAGGCUUCCCAAAGCAGGACAUAAGAAAGGGAAGUCCCAAAGCUAAAGUUCUCCCCAAGUCAGCAUCGGACCAUAAAAGUGGGAAGAUAGAAAGAGUUCCUUCCUUAAAGGAGAGGAUGGGGAUGCUGAUGGAGAAGACAGGAGGUGAAACAACAUCUUCAUUAUCCAGGAUUCCUAAGAAGAGACCAGAAGAGACAAAGGCUUCAAGAGCUAAGAGCAUUCCAGAUGACAUCCACCAAACAGACGGUGAGGAGAGAUUCAUCUCUGUGAAGGAAAGACUGGGCAUGUUGCAGGGGAAAAUCGGUCCAGCAGACACUGCUGCCACAAAGUCAGGAAAAAGAUUUGGCACAGUGGAUGCUAAAGGACAGGCCAGACCAGCGGCUCCAACAAAGGCAAAGCCCCAACUUAUCCGGAACAAACCAGCUGGAGCACCGGCAAGGCCAAAGCCACCAGUGUUCGGGAAUAAACCAAGUGUGCCUCAAGCAAAACCUGCAAUCCAGGCAAGUAAACCGAUAAUUCCCAACAAGAAACCCGCAUUAACACAAAGUAAGCCAAAAUUGACUCUCAACCAUACAAGAUCUUCUCCACCAUCUCUUAAAAUAGUAGGAGGUGGGGAAUUAACUAGUGUUAGUCCAGAUGUGCCCUCCCCCUUUAGACCAAAAUCUCUGACAAGAAUGGAUUCUGAGACGAGUAGUCUAACUUCAGAGUCAAGUUCGCUGACGACGGUAACGGCGCUAGACGGGGAUGAGCACAUCUACGAGAGUGUGGAUGAUGUAAUGGGUCACGACGGCACCAUAGCAACAGAAGAUAACAUUUACAUCGCUGCCGCUAGUUACCAUAGUGAUGAUGCAGAGAUGCUGAGUUUUGAUGAGGGGGAGGAGUUAGAGGUUUUAGAAAUGCACUGGAACGGCUGGUGGUACGCUGCAGUGGUAGGGGGGGAACAUUCAGGAUGGGUGCCUUCCAAUUAUUUGGACAAAAAGGAGAUGUGAUUCUGUUUAUUAUUCUCACAACAUCACCACAUAUGUAUUUCAAAAUCAAUCUAUAAUAUUUGUUUUAAUCUGUGUAGUUAAUUUACAAGAUGUAAAACAUCAGGAAGUGCCAUCUCUUUCAGCUUGGGAUAUGUUGUUGUUUAGCAGUUAUAAACCAUUUCUGUAAACUAAUGGUUGUUACAGAAUGUACAUGUUGAACAAAAUUGAUCCUGCAGAUAAUUUCUCAAUAUUUAUAUUAGGACAAUGUGGAUCUCAUAUUGUGAUUGACAGUUGUCACAGUGAUUCUAUGUACCAAAUCUUCAGAUAUUAGAAAUUGUGUUGUAAUGUUUUUAAAUACCAAUAUGUAAUGUUAGUCAUUAGCUAGCCACUACAAAGAAAUUUGAUGUGUAAAUCAUCGACAAUGUCAUGAUUUCUUGCCAUUUAAGGGGCAAUCAGGAACAGAUCACCAAUGAUAUAAUAUUGAAAUGUGCGAAUCAACAGUAAACAGUUUCAGGUAAAUGAAUAAUUACAAAGACCUAAUCAAUAAAAGACACUGUUAAUCUACUAAUCAUAAUGUAAUUACAUAAAAGCUUGGAAAAAUCAAAUGAUACCUGUUUUCAGUGUCAAACAGUCUAGAACAUCACCAUUUUGUCUCCCAUGCAACAGUGACCACUGCUGACCACCAGGGCAACCACCUGUUGGAUGCAACACUAGGCUGCAGUUCACUCCAUAACCACUAGAUGGCCAUAGCCUUGAGAACAUGCAUUGAAGGUCUUUGCAAAAUUGACCCUUUUCUAGAAGGAAGUGUAAGAUUUGAAAAGCAUAAGGUGAGAAAAUGUGAAUCACCUUAUGAUUGAUGAUCUGUGAGUGAUUGCUCCUGGAUGGUAUAAACCUGAAAUAUUUAGAAACAUAGUAAUGAGAUUGACUUAAAAACAUGUCAUAAUAUUUUUGCUGUUGAAAAUUCCUUUUUUUGCUCUGAAGAAAAUAUUUUAGCAUUAUGUAAGAUAGAUGGAUAAAACACUUCUCCUCAACGAAGCUCUCAGCAGCAUUUUACACUAGAAGACAGAAAUCUUCAGUCCUGACUUCACUACCCAACCAUCAAUAUUUAAUCAAAUCUUUUGAUGCAGCCUCAUUUUUCACUGUGUAUCGUGUUGCCAUAGCUACUAAACUUAUUAGUCUGACUUUAUUUAGUGCAGACGUCAUGACAUAGAAGGAAUAACAUCAUCUCUUUGUUCUGAGAUUCUUCCUUUUGCGAGUCAAAUUCCCUCGAUGAUUUGUCUUUGUCAAAAUUCAGAUGUUCAUGCAAUCAUCUAAAUCAACCAAUCAAAUCUCUUUGUCUAAGAUGAGACAAUUGCUGACCUUUGAUAAUCAGUGACAUUUAUGUAUGACAAAGUGAUGGAUCAGGUAUCUCACAUUUUUUUUGCAGUGCGAUUCUUUUGACAAUCUCCUUUCACAAUCUGAAAUUAUCUUCGAAGGGUGUAUAACUGAUUUUUCCCUUGGUUUUUUCCUCCCUUUAGUGAUAGAUAAUAUUGUACUUGUAGGAUUGUACCUGUAGUUGUGUUGUCAAUAGUCUAGUAACCCAAGUACACCCUUGUGCUUUAGAUGAUGAUUGUCUUACAUUUAAAGUAACAUUGUAUUCUGUUUUAUUCCUCUCAGGAGUUAGACUGUAUGAUUUUCUAUAGACAAUUAUUGUACACGAGAUGAUGUAUACAACAAAUGAUGUAUCAUUUUUCGUAGCAGAUUUGCAAAGACAGUCAGAGCCCCUUGUUAACAGUCAUUUCAUAAAUGGUUUAAUAUGUUCGCAUGACAUGGUAGUGACUAAGUAUUGCAUACUCAGCAAGAUAACAUAUUGCAUAAUUAACAUGGCUACUUCUUGAAAGGAGAGGAAAAAUGAUACAAAAUUUAGGUACGACUGAUCUUAAACUGACCUAGUUUACCCUUUUCGCUUUUAAUGGAACCUGACUUAUGAGUUAUCUGUUCAUCUUUGCGUACAUUCAGCCUAUUGUUAUAUUUAGGUCAGCCUUUGGUAUAAUGACAAAAUGUAUAAAUAAUUAACUUACCCAGUCAAUGACUUAUGAAGUUACUGGUAUGUUGCCCUGGGUGUGCUGAU